AUGGGUAGUGGUAGUGAACUAAAGGCAAGAAGGAAGAAUCAGAAAAGUGUGCUUCCCCUAUCUCUGCCCAAAGCUUUUGAGUUGAAUGCGAAGACAUCAAAAUUCAGUACGUGGGCACCUAUUAUUGCGCUUUUAUUUAUCUUACAUUUCACAAUAACUGGUAAACUCAUCCCGUACCCAAUAAUUACGAUAGCCAGUGCAUUGUCCGCUCCUUUUAAAUUAUUUACAAAACAUGGAGUUGUGCAAUCGAUCAGUGAAAUUACUGAGCAUAAAUAUUUAGGAUCAUCCCCAGCACAUGGAUUGACCAGUUAUAAAGCUAGAAUUCCUGAGAAAAACAAGUUCAUUUUUCCAGUUAUUCAGGACUCUAAUAUUUUAAAGGAACUGGGAUACGAAAGAUUAUUUGGAGUAAAAUCAGAUUCCGAUAAUAAAAAUAAAAACUUCUAUUUCUACUCACCUGAUUAUUACGAGGACUUCAGUAAAGAACUUAAAAAAGGACCAAAUGAUGACAUGAAAGAUAUGAAAGGGAUUAAAUCACAUGAACAGGCCAUAAAGAAUUUUAAAAAGAACGGACAACGUGUUUAUGGAGGCAAUGAAAACCCAGAAGUCGUUCUAGUCACAGCAUUAAAUUAUGAAAAUUUAGAUCCCUCAUACCUUGUUAAGAUUGUUCAAAAUCGUGUUGAUUAUGCUCACAAGAACAAAUAUGGUGUGUAUGCACGUUGGGCCCAAGAGUUUAUCCCCAUUUUUCAGAAAACACGGAAUGAUGUCGAUUUAUGGUCAAGAAUUUCUAUUUUAAGAGAAGCAAUGGUUGCAUUUCCCAAUGCUAAAUGGUUUUGGUAUAUCGAUGAAACAUCACUAAUAAUGAGAGACGAUAUCAGUAUUAGCAACUACAUACUUAAAAAAGAAGCAUUAGAACCGAUCAUGUUAAAAGAUCAACCAGUUGUACCUCCUGAAGGUGUUAUCAAAACCUACUCAAAUGUCAAAGUUGAGGAUAUAAGUCUAUUGUUAACACCUACCAAGACAGGUGUUAAUACUAAUAAUUUCCUUGUUAAGAAUGAUUUAAAGGGGCAUGCCAUUCUAGAUAUGUGGAAUAAUCCAUUGAUAAGGGUUUAUUCAGCCUUUCGUAGAGAUACCUCAAAAGCUAUUGAACAUUUACUGCAAUGGCAUCCAACCUUACUGGCUAGUACAGGUAUAAUACCACCUAGAACCAUUAAUGCGGUUGCACCUCCUGAGGACAGCAAAAAUAAUGAUGAUGAAUUCAUAUAUCAUAACGGUGACCUGCUUAUCAGUUUCCCAAAAUGUAAAGACCUUGCUAAAUGUGAAAGGCUAUUAGGUCCAUUCUAUGAUCAAACACAACAGAAAGGUGCUUUGUAG